AUGACUGUGAAUGGGGAGGUUAAAUCACAGGCCAUCGACCGCGAUGUCCUGCGGCGUGGUCUCGUGACGAGCUCUACGAAACUGAGAAUUGAGAGUCUGGGGCGGCUCGAGCACCAGGUGGCAGACGAGUCUCUCGUUCCUGCCGAUCUGCAAGCUCUUCUAGCCACGCUCUUCGAAACAUAUCCCCUCUACGACGACAGAGAAUCACGGCGCGCUGUCGAAGCAGUCCUCAAGUCGCUUGUGAACGGCCCACACGGCGACCUCGUCCUGCCCGUAAUUGUCAAAUUCCUGAAAGAAGAGUGCCAGAAGAAGGGCAUUGCACACGUUAAUGCAUUCGUGCUGGUCGACUGGUGCUCGACACUGCUUGUGCAGUUUGCGAAGCAGCCAGAGCGAUGGUCCAAGUUUGGAUUGGACCUAGCAUUGGCUGAUGCGCGCGUGCUGGAGACGUGUGUGGCCGCCGGCAGUGAUCGUCGAGCUACUCGCAUCUCGCACUCUGCUUUGGUAGUCACACGGCGCGCUCUGCGUGCCAUCCUGGGCUCCAAAGAAAUUGGAAAGGAUGCACUUGACAAGCUGGUGGCGAACCUCACUGCGAAGGGCGCUGCGCCCGCGGCUGGCAACGCCGUAUUUCUUGGAGUCAUUGCCGGUGUCUCGUCACGCCUGUCAGACGUCAAGCUGCGAUUCGAGCAACACAAGCAGGAGUACUACGCUUUCUACGUGCGCGAAAUUGUGGGCUCGAGAAGUCAGCUACCCGACCAUAUAUCAAAUGCGUUUCACGAUUUCUUCGACACCUUCCCCACACUUGAGGAGCUGCGCAAGGAGGUCAUAACACCUAUCGAAAAGGCACUUCUGCGAGCACCAGAAGUCGUGCUGAACGAUAUUGUUUCGCCAAUGAUCUUGGCUCUUCCCGAGUCUAUGGACCUUUCAGAUGUGUUCAUCAGCAACUUACUUAAGCCACUGCUCUCCAACGUCAAAUCUAGCAACCCUGUCAUCCGCGCUGGAGCUCUCCGAACCUUUACCGCGCUAGCCUCCAGGUCACAAAACGAAGAUGUCAUCGGGAAGGUAGCAGACGAGGUAUUAAACCCGCUGAAGCAGGGCAAGGUUUCGGGUGUUGAACAGAAGGUAUUACACGCGCAGAUGCUGUCAGCUUUCAAAGAGUCCUCGGCUCUGUCUCACAAAAUUCCCGCUGGUAUUGCACCUGUUGCACUGAAGGAGCCCGGCGAGUCAGCUGUUGUGGCAGAAGUGUCCACCAUGGCCAAGCAUCUAACUUUCGGGUUAACCAACGGAGUAGCCCUUGACAAGACGGUCGCGGAUGCCUUCAUCAAGGGCAUGGCAGACAAACGCAUCCCCGUCCGCCGCCUUUGGGCUAUUCGCGCGGCAGACAUUUGGUGGAACCUUACCGAGUCACAGCACGGCCAAGCAGACAUCUUGGCGUUCUGCCAGAGCACACUGCCCAAGCUUGUAGAGAUCUGGCAAGAGGUCAAUGCAAAUCCACUUCCUGCAACACAGAACGGUCUGGUGACUGUGGGCCACUACGUUACUGCACUUCUUCUCAAGAUCCGAGAUACCAAGGAUGAGAAGCUUGCUGCUGUCUACAAGAAGUCUGAUGUGCUCUCGCAAUCACUCGUAAGCCAACCGAAGCCUUCAUUCCUGCUCAAUGCGAAAGUGUACACCAAGCUGUCCACCGAGGACGAUGUUGCAAUCGCACUCCGCGCGUUAAGAGCUGUUGCUCCCUUUGUCAUCCAGGAGUCUGUUUCCGGAGAUGUCCAGGACGCCUGGGCACAGGCUUUUAUCUUUUUCAUUGCGGGACAGAGUGUUUCUUCGAGAGCAAAGUCUGCCGCCAGGCUAGCUCUGACCCAAACGUACCUCGAGGUAUCAACAGAGAAGAUCAGUGAGAUCGUCAUUCAGGGUGCAUGGUCGUGGUACAGAUUGAGCACACAAGAAGACAAGGAAAGCGCCGCGUUCGCAUCCAAGACCGGAGCUACCGAACUCGGUGCGGUCCUUGGGUGCAUCUGCCUUCCACCUGAUGUUGUAAAGAAGCUCGAAGGAAGCGUCGAUCAAAAUCAGCUACGUAAGCAAGCCAUCAGCCUAUUAGUACUGGCAAGGGGCGAGCUUAUUCCAAGAACAUCCUGGAUCGACAUGUGCCUUCGCAUGGGCGUUGACCCUGGCCAGCUUGUGCAAGAAAAUCUGCAAGAAUGCAUGAGUUUGAUUAAUGCAGCUACCGAGAACAAAGACAACAAUCAACUUGCAAGCAUUAGCUUAGCCGCAUAUAGCGCCUACACUGAUUUGGCUUUUGUCGCACCUGAAUCAGCUUUGCCAAUUAUCGUGAAGCAGUUCAGUCAGGAUCUUGAUCCUAAACAGCUCGAGUCAGUUGGGCCACAAGAAGCAGCCAUCUUCAGAACACCGGAGGGGACAGCAUACGUAGACGUAUUGUCCAAGAAAGCACCAGUCACCAUCGACAAGAAUACCAAGGACUACGACACUCUGAAAUGGGAGGAGGAAUUACGAUCACAGCUGGCUCAAAAGCAGGGCAAAGCCAAAAAGCUCACUUCUGAAGAACAAGCGAAGGUUAAUGCCCAAUUAGCCAAAGAGUCGGCUAUCAGGAGAGAAGUGGCUUCGACAGAACAAAAGAUGAGACGUGGAGUGGGCAUCAUCCAGAGCCUUGCCACUGGGCCUCCAACGGAGGCAGAGCAGUGGAUGGGACCUGCUGUCGACCUUCUCAUACACUCAAUCCGCGCUGGUGCUGGUCUUCUUCUCGGAGACCUGCCAGCUACAACCUUCAUCGCAUGCUCCCAACGUGUCUCGAACCGUCUCGGUGCAAUCAGACCAUUCGUCGGUGUCGCAACAUUGCGAACGAUUGGUUCAAUUCAGCUCUCAGACGAGUACGAGGGAGAGCAACUUGGUGAUCUCGUUACAAGAGUUUUGUACCGACUUCGCUUCCUGAGCGAGCAGCGUCCUCUUGAUCCUGUAUCUGUGGCAUAUUGCUUGCCACUUAUUUUCCUUGUACUUGAGAAGGGCGGCAUUGGCAAGUCGUCCCCAGAGGAGGCGGACGAACAGUUGAUUCUGGCAUUCGAGUUCCUGUCUUUCCAUGCCAACUCAUGCACAGAUACCCGACUGCCACGUAAAGAUAUGCUCGAAGUCCUCAUCUGGUCAAUGCAAAGCUACCAGCAACACUACAAGAUAAUCAAGGAUUGUCUGACGGACCUUGCCAGAGGCCUGGCUGUCAAUAUUACCAACGAGGAGCUGGGCGCACUACUUCGAGGAACUAUUGUACCUGAGACAGCUGUACGCACAGCAACACUACAGGCGAUUGAUGCGGAACUUGACAUGAACGACCUCAAGUUCAGCGAAGAAAUCUUCAUCGCGUCGCAUGAUGACGACGAGGAGAACGUCGAGCUUGCAAAGACAAUCUGGGACGAUAACGAGCUUCAGCUUAGUGCUGAUGCUGGCGCAAAAAUGCUGCCCUACCUUGAGUCUCUUGAUAAGCAGCUUCGUCGAGCAGCUGCUCGCUCUAUUGGCGAGACUGUUGCCGAAUUCCCGGAAAUCUUUGACGACCUCCUCCAGAGACUGCAGGAGUCCUACAUUGAGAAGGCUAAGCCCCGAGUCGCAGAGCGUGACGAGUACGGCAUGCCACGCAGGAACGAUACACGUGAUCCUUGGGAGGCCAGAGACGGUAUCGCGCUUGCGUACAAGGAGAUGACGCCUGGCUUCAAGCCAGAUGGCCUGUCGGACUUCCUCACGUUUAUGGUUUACAAUGGCCCUCUGGGUGAUCGAAGUGCUGCUGUCCGUGAACAGAUGAUUGAAGCCGCUACAUCAAUCAUCACCAACAAAGCCAAGUCGAAGGUUGAACACUUGAUGGAGUUGUUCGAAAACGCACUGGAAAGUCCUGAUCGCAAGUCAGAGAUGUACGACCAAGUCAACGAGGCUGUCAUCAUCCUUUACGGUGCCCUAGGCCGCCACUUGGGAGCAGGAGACAAGCGUGUGCCGAAGGUCGUACAACGUCUACUCGCCACCCUCAGCGUACCCUCCGAAACCGUGCAAUAUGCCGUUGCACAGUGCCUACCACCUCUAGUCCGUACCUCAGAACAGGAGACUUCUAAAUAUGUUGACCAGAUGAUAGAGCAGCUCCUGCAGUCUAAGAAGUACCCCGCGCGUCGUGGUGCUGCCUAUGGUCUCGCAGGUAUUGUUCAGGGUAAAGGCCUUGGCAUACUCAGAGAAUACCGUGUCAUGUCCACACUCAAUGCUGCAGUCGAGAACAAGAAGGAUCCCAAUGCUCGUCAGGGCGCCUUCUUAGCUUAUGAGCUCAUGUCGCUUAUCCUUGGGCGUUUAUUCGAGCCGUACGUCAUUCAGCUCGUGCCUCAGCUGCUGGUUGGAUUUGGCGAUACCACCGCAGACGUUCGUGACGCUUGCUUAGAUGCAGCGAAGACGUGCUUCUCUACCCUCAGCUCCUACGGUGUCAAGCAGAUUUUGCCCAUCCUCUUGGAUGGUCUUGAUGAGCAACAAUGGCGCAGUAAGAAGGGUGCCUGCGAUUCUUUGGGCGCCAUGGCUUACCUUGACCCUAACCAGCUCGCUCUCAGUCUGCCAGACAUCAUUCCGCCUCUCACAACUGUGCUGACUGACUCUCAUAAGGAGGUUAGGUCCUCAGCCAACCGCAGUUUGAAACGCUUUGGAGAAGUCAUCAGCAAUCCAGAGAUCAAGAGCGUGGUCGACAUUCUUCUCAAGGCACUCAGUGACCCGACCAAGCACACCGACGAUGCUCUCGAUUCACUUAUCAAGAUUCAGUUUGCCCAUUUCCUUGAUGCUCCAUCGCUGGCGCUUGUCGUCCGCAUUCUUGAGCGUGGUCUGGGCGACCGCUCCGCUACAAAGCGCAAGUCUGCCCAAAUCAUUGGCAGUCUGGCGUAUCUUACAGAGCGAAAGGAUCUCAUUGCUCAUCUGCCAAUCCUUGUCGCUGGCCUGCGUGUAGCAAUUGUCGAUCCUGUGCCUACUACGCGUGCCACUGCCUCGAAAGCGCUUGGUUCGCUUAUGGAGAAGCUUGGAGAGGAUGCUUUGCCAGAUCUCAUCCCAAGUCUCAUGGCAACCCUCAAAUCAGACACUGGAGCGGGCGACCGUCUUGGUUCGGCACAAGCCCUUUCCGAGGUCCUCGCUGGUCUGGGUACUGGACGUCUGGAGGAGACUUUGCCCAGUAUCUUGCAGAACGUCUCGAGCAACAAGCCGUCUGUACGAGAAGGCUUCAUGUCGCUCUUCAUCUACCUGCCAGCUUGCUUCGGAAACAGCUUUGCGAACUACCUUAGCAAGAUCAUCCCUCCUAUCCUUGGUGGGCUGGCAGACGAUGUCGAGUCCAUUCGCGAGACUGCUCUGCGGGCUGGUCGACUUCUGGUCAAGAAUUUCGCGACAAAGGCCAUCGAUCUGCUCCUGCCCGAGCUGGAGAGAGGUCUGGCAGACGACAGCCACCGCAUCCGUCUCAGCUCCGUCGAGCUGGUCGGAGAUCUCUUGUUCAACCUUACUGGUAUCAGCGGCAAGGAGGGCGAGGAUGUCGAAGAGGGUGCCAAGGAAGCUGGUCAGUCCUUACUCGAGGUUCUUGGAGAAGAGAAGCGCAACAAGGUUCUGUCAGCACUCUACAUCUGUCGCUGCGAUACUUCUGGUCUUGUUCGCACCGCCUCCAUCAAUGUUUGGAAGGCAUUGGUGGCCUCUCCGCGUACCCUUCGCGAGCUCAUUCCUACACUCACUCAGUUCAUCAUCCGCCGUUUGGCUAGUUCCAACAUGGAACAGAAGGUCAUCGCCGGAAACGCUCUGGGAGAGCUUAUGCGCAAGUCUGGCGACGGUGUGCUGGCAACAUUACUCCCUACUCUCGAAGCGGGUCUGCACACUACCGAUACCGAUGCCAAGCAAGGUAUUUGUAUAGCACUUCGCGAGCUCAUCUCCGCAGCAGCGCCAGAACAGCUAGAGGACUACGAGAAGACACUGAUCCAGGUUGUAAGGACUGCACUGGUGGAUUCAGACGAAGACGUACGAGACGCCGCCGCCGAAGCCUUCGACGCCCUGCAGCAGAUCUUUGGCAAGAAGGCUGUCGAUCAGGUCCUACCCUACCUGCUCAACCUGCUGCGCAGCGGAGACGAUGCGCAGAACGCACUUUCUGCUCUUCUCACACUUCUCACAGAUCAGGCAAGAUCAAACAUCAUCCUGCCCAACCUCCUCCCAACACUUCUUACUUCGCCAAUGUCCGGCUUUAACGCCCGCGCCAUUGCCUCGUUAGCUGAAGUUGCAAGCUCUGCCAUGACCAGGAGGCUGCCGACCAUCCUCAACACGAUUAUGGACAAUGUCAUCACUUGCAAGGACGAAGCUCUCAGGUCCGAUCUGGAAUCAUCGUUCGACAAGGUACUGUUGUCAGUUGAUGAGUACGAUGGACUCAACACUGCCAUGAGCGUCAUGCUGGCUCUGUCCAAGCACAACGACGAGCGCAGACGUGCUCGCGCAGACAUGCACCUGGUCAAGUUUUUCGCCGAGACCGAUGUCGACUUCUCGAGAUAUUACCCUGAUCUCAUUCGAGCUCUACUCAUCUCCUUUGACGACGGUGACAAGGAAGUCGUCAAAUCGGCGUGGACGGCCCUUAGCACGCUCACAUCGAAGCGCCUGCGCAAGGAGGAGAUGGAAUCACUUGUCAUCUCUACUCGUCAAACCCUUUCGCAGGUUGGUGUUGCCGGUGCAAACUUGCCUGGUUUCUCCCUACCGAAGGGCAUCAGCGCUAUUCUGCCCAUUUUCCUGCAGGGUCUCAUGAACGGCUCGGUCGACCAACGAACACAAGCUGCCCUAGCCAUUUCAGAUAUUAUCGACCGCACCGAUGCCAAGGCGCUCCAGCCGUUCGUGACCCAGAUUACGGGUCCUCUCAUUCGUGUCGUCACAGAGCGCUCAACGGAAGUCAAGGCAGCUAUCCUGCUUACGCUCAACAACUUGCUUGAGAAGAUCCCAACCUUCCUCAAGCCUUUCUUGCCUCAGCUGCAGCGUACGUUCGCCAAGUCACUUGCGGAUACGUCUUCGGAUCUUCUGCGAGCGCGUGCAGCCAAGGCACUAGGCACGCUGAUCAAGCUUACUCCCAGAGUCGACCCUCUCAUUGCUGAGCUUGUUACUGGAUCCAAGACCAGCGAUGAGGCCGUCAAGCUGGCCAUGUUGAAGGCCUUGUUCGAGGUGGUCAGCAAGGCUGGCAAGAACAUGAGUGAGGCGAGCAGGAAUGCUAUUCUGGGUCUCAUCGACAACGAGCUCGAUGACUCGGACGAUUCCAUGGCAAUCACCAAUGCCCGUCUCUUAGGUGCUCUUAUCAGCUGCUUGCCGGAGGAGAGCGCUGCCAGUCUGAUCAAGACGCGUGUGCUGACAACUCACUUCAGCAAAGCAUCCUUGCUCGCUCUGAACGCUAUCUUGCUCGAUGCUCCAGAAGCCCUUACGGGUAGUUUUGCCGACGAAACUCUUCACGUCAUCUGUCAGGGUAUUGCACACAAUCAACCCGUUAUCUCAGACAACUCGGUCCUGGCAGCCGGCAAGUACCUUUUGAGCGAGAGGACAACAAAGACUUUUGAGCACACCAAGCCUAUCUUCGAGGCUCUCGCUCCCGUUGUCGAGCCCGGUCACCCUGUCGACACCAGACGUCUGGCGCUCGUUGUCCUGCGCACUGUAGCUCGCGAACACAACGAGCUUGUGCGCCCGCACAUCCCGCUCCUUGUCCCUGUCGUGUUCGCAUCGGUUCGCGACCCUGUUAUCCCCGUCAAGCUGUCUGCCGAAGCAGCGUUCUUGACCAUCUUCUCAGUCGUAGAGGAGGAGAGUGCUGUGUUUGACAAGUACAUGGCGGACAAGGGCAAGAGCCUUCCGCCUGCUCAGCAAAGAAGCAUAGGAGAGUAUUUCAAGAGGAUUGCGCUGCGAUUGGCGAACCAGGCGAGAGAGAAAAAAGAGGCCGAGGGUGGUUCGGGAGGAUUAGGAUUGAGCAGUGAUGAGGUAGAAGAUGAGAGGGAAAUCUGGAGCGUAGGAAAGGUGGAGCUGGGCGAUGUGUUUGGGGACAGCUCGUAG